UGAGAGAAGUGAUCGAGGUGGAGGCAGUCAGCCUGCGAAGGGAAAACAAGCGAGGACAGGUCGGGCACUACAUGCCCAGCCCGUGUUUUAAAAGAAAGAAAAAUUAGUUAAAGUGGAGGAUAUGUGGAUGUGAGUGGGGUUUUCGUCACUUUCACGCGGGCUCAGUUACUUAUUGUUUGGCUCUCGGGCUGUGGCGUGUUGAGCGUGUCGCUGUUUGCCCAUUGUCACUGGAGUGAACACUAAGGAGGACUCCAUGAAAGAUGACAGAGGAGGUGAUUGUUGUAGCCAAGUGGGACUACAUAGCCCAGCAGGACCAGGAACUUGACAUCCGUAAAAACGAGCGCCUCUACCUCCUCGACGACUCGAAAACGUGGUGGCGCGUCCGCAACACCGCCAACCAGACGGGUUACGUGCCGUCGAACUACGUGGAGCGCAAGAACAGCCUGAAGAAAGGCUCUCUGGUGAAGAACAUCAAAGACACCCUGGGUUUGGGAAAGGGUAAGAGGAAGGCGAGUGCGCGUGAUACCUCCCCUACGCCGAGCUCAGACACAGAGUAUCCUUCCAAUGGCAGCGGGGGCGGAGGUGUGGUCGGCGCCGCAGAGAGGAUCUAUGACCUCAACAUCCCUGCUGUGGUCAAGUUUGCGUACACACAAGAGCGAGAUGACGAGCUAACGCUGCUCAAAGGCUCCAGGGUGGUCGUCAUGGAGAAGUGCAGCGACGGCUGGUGGCGUGGCAGUCAGGGCGGCCGCGUCGGCUGGUUCCCCUCCAAUUACGUCCAGGAGGAGCUCAUGGGGGUGGACGACAGAGAGGGGGAUUCCCCGCGGGGUUACAUCGGCGGACCUCAGGGAACUCUGCUGGCCAAUGGCCGUGCCGGCGGCCGGGGCGUCGUCCUCCACCUGGUCCAAACGCUCUACCCCUUCAGCUCGACAACCGAGGAGGAGCUGAACUUUGAAAAAGGAGAAAUCAUGGACGUGAUAGAGAAGCCGGAGAACGACCCAGAGUGGUGGAGGUGUAAGAACUCUCGUGGCAUCGUGGGCCUGGUGCCUAAAAACUAUGUGGUGGUGCUGGACGAGCAACCCGGCCCACCCUCCACCACGUCGGGCUCCCCUCAGAGCCGCUAUGCGGGACCGGCUCGCUCGGGGAGGUUUGCCGGCAGGGACUGGUACUACGGCAACAUCACCAGACAUGAGGCUGAGUGCAUACUCAACGAACGGGGAGAGGAGGGCGACUUCCUCAUACGAGACAGCGAGUCAUCGCCCAGUGAUUUCUCCGUGUCCCUGAAGGCGGUGGAGAAAAACAAGCACUUUAAAGUGCAGCUGUCAGACGGGAUGUACUGCAUCGGCCAGCGCAGGUUCAACUCCAUGGAGGAACUAGUGGAGCAUUACAAGAAGGCCCCCAUCUACACAAGCGAUCACGGAGAGAAGCUGUACCUGGUGAAGGCGCUGCUGUGAUCUACACACCUACACUGGAUCUCUCUCUCACACACACACACACACACACAUGAUCCCUAACUGUCUUAACCCAAGCCUUAGCUCUGGACCCCUCCUGCUGUGGCGUCUGUACCACAUCCAGAUUCUCAGAUCUCCUGGAUUUGUUUUUUUCAAGUGAAAACUAGACAAACUUGUUUUCUUGUUUGUUUUUUCUAGCUCUUUACUGUUUUUUGCAGACGACCCUCAGACAGCCAUCACCGAGCCACACGGAGAACACAGUGUGUACCGAGCCUCUGUUCUCUUGGAUGUGCUAACAUGCAGUGACCACAUUUGCUGCUAACAGAACGCCUGAGGCCUUGUCGGGGGGUUGAGCUCUCCCUCUGAUGUCAUACGUAACGUCUUCUUACUAGCACGCACAUUGUAAGUUCCACCAUUGCUCUUAACUCAUCCAGGAGAGAAUCGACGUUCUCACCGGUUCAAAGAGGGACUCAGACCUCAGUGGGGCCUAACUCUGUCAUGUCUAAUCGCAGCCCAUGUUUCAUUUAUUCUACCAAGACCCACUUGUUAGUUAACUCACUUUAUUAUAUUUUUUUUAAAGCUUAUUUACAUUUGUUCAAGUUUUGUAGUUACUUUUUCACAAAGUGACCGGAAUCAUUUUUGCCUUUUUUUUUUCUUUCUAAUUUUCACCAUUCCUCCACCCGCUCGUUUUUGUUUUUUGUUUUUUUAGUGCCACCUUUUUCUGUUUCUACCGAACAGUUAAUUGCUAGUGAUACUUUAAAUCUGGACAUCAACAAUCACUGUAGUAUUUCUACCAGGCGGUGCAAUAGAAGAGACCUCAGAGUUCCUGUAGAGUUUGAAUGUUGAUCCAUGUAACCAAACGUGCCACCCUGUACCCGUUUACUACUGGCUCCAGGUCUGCACUGCACUCUCAGAUUAACCCACAGCUCAGUGCUCAUGCUUUAUAUUAUGUCGAGUUGAACAUGUUGCCGUUCUGUUCUCCAGUACGUGUCUGUAGCUACAUGAGGAAGAACAACAAUAAAAUCUUUUUUGUUUGUUUGUUUUGGGAAUGCUUCCUGAGUAACUACACUGUUUCUGUGAUGGCGAUGCUGUUUGGGGAAAAAGAAAGAAAGUACCUCUUCUGAUAGUAUCUUUGUGAUUACAAAUAACUUUGCAGGAAAUAUAUAUUAAAGACUAAUCAGUAAUUAAAUGAAACCCCGAUUUGAACAGAAGUCUAUUUAGGGAUAGGUAUUUUAGAGCUCUAUCUUUAUAAAUCAAAAUAAUUUGAUAUAUUAUCACCCUUGGUUAGCGGCUACUUCAGCUCUGUUUAGGCCUGAAUAUUUAAAACUAGUUAUUUAAUAUUAAAGUCGCAAACACCUGAUUGUAAAAUUAGUGUCGAUUUGCUGUAUUUAGACAUUCUGGAUGCUCCUUAUUUAUUGGCAUCACUGCUUAAGAUGUGCAAAAAGGAAAAUAAAUCAUUUUUUAAAGGUGAGGGUUUAUUUUUUUACCUUAUUUACUAUCCCACUCUACAGAGAGUGGGAUAGUUAUAGAACUGUGUUUUGUCACAGUUCUUUAGUGAUUUUUUAUUUUUAAUCACUUCUCUCAGUCUUGCUAUGGUCACAUUUAGGUGAGUGGCUUUGUUUUUUGUUGCAUCCUUUUAUGACUUAUCUGAUCAACACACAUCUACUUUAACAAAAUUACAUGUUUUCUUGUCUUUCCUAUUUUGAAGUAAGAGAAAUAGUCAUUAUCCCCACUGGAAACAUGAAAUCUUCACUUGGUCAUUAAAAGCUUAUUGACUCUGAGAUCAAGAGAGGAAAACUUAACUACACUUUAAAAUUUAUAUUUAUUUCAUAAGAAAUGUUGGAGCUGAUUUUUGGCACAGGUGAUGUUCUGCAAAAAAUUAGUUUUACUGAGGGAUUUUUUAAAUUUCUUUAUCCACAGAAUAAGAAGAAGUUCAAAUGUUUUCUUGUCUUUCUCAUUUAGAAGAGUGGCUAAGAAAAUUAGGCCUCGGUAUCAUAAUUUGACCAAUGGAAAAUGUUUCUGGAUGCAUGGAUUAACAAGAAAAAACACAUUAAAAAGGUCUAAUAAUUUUUUUAGUAGGAUUUGCUGUGAUAAGAUUAAUAUUUUAUUUUACACAUCUUUAACAGAGGGCCCAAUAACUGUAUUAUACAGGCAUAGCAUAGUAGCAGAUUAAAACCCUUGAUUAGCUUGUAUUCAGUUGAAAUAAAUCACCCUUCAUUGUAAAGAAGCCAAAUACACCACCAUCUGAUUUGCAUCCAGAAAUCUAGCAACACCAAACAUCCACUCGUUUCUGUGUUUGUUUACCAAUGGAAGUGUUGAUCACGGGGUCCUCAGCUUUUAUAUGAUAUAUCUGAAUGUUAUUGAGCACUGUUAUUUAAUUCUUGUCUCCACUGUAUGUAUAUAUUCAAAUAAGAAGAGGUGCAUAUAUGAAUCAUUAAGAUCCAACCUACGGUACUGUAUCACUGACAACGUGAUGAGAAUUGAGAUACUUUUGUUCAAUAAAAUUUUUUGACAAACA